AAACACAAGAAUUCCCGGGAUAAUUCGUCUUCAAGUGCUUCAGAUAUUAAAUGUUAGAAAGGCGUUACAUCAAUGACCGUAUCGUUAAAUUCGCCUUAAAAAUAAGAAGUAUGCGGAGGAGCACUUGUUCUGAUUCUCAAGAGAGCAUAAUUUAGUUCAAGAAACGUGAAACAAUUUCCACUUUUGGGGGCGUUUUCACUUUUCCCCCCUCUCCAAAAACCGGAAACAUAGGAGUGUCUUUUUCUUUUCCCCUUUCCUUAUUGAUUUUUCGCAAUACAUCACACGUAAUAGGACUACAAUUUAGGCGCAAUAACGACAGCUCAUAAAAGUUUCCCUGGUUGAACAAUCUCAAUAGGUUUAAAUAGGCUACUAGGAUGCCGUAAAUCAAUGCAGUAAAAUAUUCGAUACACCUAGAACCACAAUGAAGUUUUACCUCAUUGUCGCGGUGCAGUGCUGUUUGACGCUGGCGCACGCCGCGCCGCUCCACACGCAGGAGAUGACGCGCGCCGUGGAGCGCGCCACGAGUUUCGCCAAGAAGGUCCUGAGCGAGCUUCCCGCGGCGCACCGGGCGUGCGUCAAAAACGCGGGUUUGUCUCUCUCCGGUGAAGCUGAACACUUGGACUAUUUACUGACUGAUCUCAGGAUCCCUGCUCCGCCGGUGCUCAAGUCAGAGGACCUCAGCAUGGAUGUGAGUUUAAGCCGCAUUGUGGCUGGUUUGGAGCUACACCGUGAACUUCUGCAGGACAUCAGAGGACUCUUGAGCUCCACAGAAGAGCUGACCAUCCUGCUCGCCGACAUCAGAGACCUGUCUGCUCAGGUCCAGCAGAUGCAGGAGCUGGCUCAGAUUCCCAGCACCGUAUCCCAGAAGGCCGUGUUCACGCCGCUGUCUCCACGGCUCAGUGGCGAUUAUGAAGUCCAAGUGGCCCUCCAUCUUUCUCUCCAGCAGCUGCGCAGCUUUACACAGGACGUCUUCCGCAGUCUGCGCCACAUCGCUGCAUCAAACUAGAAAGCAGUCCUGACUCUGGUCCUGAUUCUGGGUGGAAAUGUACUCGCACAAGUCCUUGCUAAGUUUAAGUUGAACUUAGUGUUUAAUUGUUGUAACUAUUUAAAGUAUUUAUUAUUUAUUUAAUAUAUGAUUUUAGAAUAUUUAUUAUUGUUGCUUUUAUUUUUACGAUGUUAAAUUGACAGAUUUUGUACCUUGUGGGUACUGUGUAGAUUUUUAUUAAAGCUUAUUUAUUAUUGAUCAAAUAUUGCUUAUCCA